GGGGGCCGCUUUGGCCGCGUACCGAGGCGGCGGGGGAGCUUUGGAGCAUCGGGCAUGUUCACGGCGGCGGCCGAGAGUUUCCUCAAGCAGGCGAGGGAGAUCCAGGAGGAGGAACUGCAGAGAUUCGCCUCCCGCGUCGCCGCCGUCCUGCAGGGCCCGGAGCUGGGCCCCGAGGCCGCGGACUGCCUCCAGAGGCUGCACCUCGCCGUCGCCGCCACCAAGUACCCCCGCAAGCUCGAUGGCAAGUUUGUGGAACUGUUGCAGACAGUGCUGUGUUCGUCCAAGUGCCCUGAGCAGAUUCAGGUGUUAUGUGCAGCCAUCCUGAGAGAGAUGUCACCUUGCAAUGAUCUGAUCCUCUCCUGUGAUGAGAUUCAAGAUACAAAGCUCUUGAGCCUGGUAUCCUCCGUUCUUUUGGCUCAGGGAAAUAAGAAGGCUGAAGUGUCUGCUGUGGGGCAGCGUAUUGUAAAAGUCCUCGAAAGAAGGCUGCCUGAGGGUCAGAGUGCUCGGUACCUUCUUCCUGUCCUGUCAAAUGUCAUCAGUCUUUCACCAGAAUCUCUAACUGAAGAGCAGACCAAUGUAGUCAGUAAAAAGAUGGCCGACUGGCUGAGGUAUGCGAGUAUUCAUCAAGGAGUCGCUCAACCCUCUGGAGGCUUCUUCUCCAAUCCCAGAACCAGACAGCCUGGUCCUGUCACAGAGGUGGAUGGUGCCAUUGCCACAGACUUCUUCACGGUGCUCUCAGUGGGUCAGUACUACACACAGGACCAGUGGCUCAAUGUGCAAGCCUUCUCCAUGCUGAGAAAUUGGCUGCUGUGCUAUGGGGGCAAGACUCCUAAUUCAGAAGACAAAUCAGGAAUGGACAGGUCUGUUAUGUCCAUGGUCUCAACUAUGUCCACAUCUAGUCGCCUGCUUCCCCCAAAGGAGCGUCUGCGGGAGAAAGCCUUUGAGUACUGCCAGCGGCUUAUUGAGCAGAGCAACCGCCGACCCCUGAAGAAAGAUGAUGGAGACCUGCAGAAAGCUUGUCUUAUUGAGGCGGUGACAAUCAUGGACAUCAUCUGCAAACAGGACUCCUCCUAUGUGUACCGCGCAGUCUCCUUCCUGAAAAUCCUGCACGGCAGAAUCUGUGGGGAUGCCACUUACGCCAGGGCACUACUGCCCAUUGCCCAGUUCUUCCUGAACCACAGCAAAAUGGCAGCUGUGGACUCUGAUGCAAUCUACAAACACUUAUUCACUGAUAUCCCGGCUCAGCUCUUCCACAACCCAUCACUGGCCUUCGAAUUUGUCCAGUUCUGCAAAGACAACAGCCAGCUCUUCACCGAGACCUCCAGCAUAUUCAGGCAGAGCUUCCCAAAUCUCUUCAAGUUCCUGGCAUGGAACAGCCCACCCCUUAUCUCUGAGUUUGUGGACCUUCUCCCAUUUCUGCUGGAUGCAGGCACAGCCAUUGAGAUCUUCCAUUUGCUGCUUGACCUGCCCUGUUUGACAGCAGCUCUGGACAUCCAGCUGAGGUCAGGUGCUCUUCCUACCUCUGAGAGGGCUGCCAUCGACCCAGCUGUGAAGCCGGCCACCUGUCUGGAAGCCUUUCGCCAUCCCCUCUACAAGAGCAUGUUCCAGUAUCUCCUCCGCACCAAGUCUGCUCCCGAGGAUGCCCCAGAGAGGCUGAUUCCACUUCGGCAGCUGCUGGGAUCCCUGGCCAGCAGCCCAAGAGUCGUGCAAUGUGCAGAGACUGUCCCUGUCUUACUGGAGCUCUUUUUCAGGGAGGUGGCAGAGUUUGCAGAUGGGCCGCUGAUAAACCAGCUGGUGGUGCUGCUGCUGCAUAGGAGUGACCAGCUUUAUGAGAUCCCAGCAUUUAAAGAUGAUGUGUACAGGGUGUUGAGCUCGCAGCUGGUGAUGCUCUGCAAGCUGCGCCCUGCACUCGUCGUGGAACUGUCCACGGAGAUUCUGGAGUUCUCAGGAACAGUCAGCAACAUCCAGAACAAGGAGGCUAUCUUCACCCACAUGGUCUGGGCUAUUGGAGAGUACAUGUCUGUGUCCUAUGACAAGCGCUGCACUGUGGAGCAAAUCAACCGGUUCUUUGAGACUCUAGAGGCCGUGCUAUUUGAAAUCACCCAGCUCCGACCACUGGCCAGCACCCCCAGCUACGCACCUCGUGCCAUCAGUGUCCUUAUGGCCACCUUGACCAAGUUGGCAGCUCGCAGUCAGGACUUGAUCCCCAGAGUGUCCAUGUUCCUGUCCAAGAUGAGGACAUUUGUGCAGAGCCCUGCUGUCACCUCUGUUUACUGCGAGGAGGACCUUGAGGCGAUCCUUAUCCGCGCAACUGAGCUCAUGAACCUACUGAAAAUGCCAAGUGUGGCACAGUUUGUGUUCACGCCCCCUGUAGACGUGGCCAGUACACGGUUUCAGAGAGAGGUGAAUGACUCCCUCCCUUUUGCCCUGAGGAUAGUCACCCGUCUCCUAGAGCCAACACCUGGCUUCAUGCCAGGGUGAGGGCAUGAGGUAUCUGAGAGGCUCCAGCCUCUGUUGUAACUCAUCGGACACUGCUGACACUCAAGGCCAAGGCCCUGCUCUGAACUGGAAAUGAGGAACAAAUGAUUGUGAAUGAGACAGAAAACAGGAAUAAGUAGAACUGA